AACCAACCCUGCACCUUUCAGACCCGUUCCAAUAAAGUUCCCCAUGGGAGGCCUUCUAUAGGAACACCAUCUCGCCAUCUAAAAAUAGUCUUUUAAUUGUCUUUGUUCUCUAGGGUUUGGGAUUUACAAGCGCCAUCGAGUCUAGAAUUGUUUGUUUGCAUGUUACGAUGUAAUUGGCCGUGAGGGUUCGCUUCCAAGGUAGGGUUUAAGGGCCUGGAGGUAGAGGGAUCGCCAGUAAUAUCUAUUGGUUUUCGAUUGAUUGCAGCAGGAAUGGGGCUGUGAAUAAAAAGGGGGGAGGAAUUGCACUUGGAGUUUUCGCUACUGGGAAGGGCGCAAGUGGGGAGCGUUUUUUGUAGGCUUAAGAGGUGAGGUUUUAAGUAGAAGCGGAAAAAAUGCAAAGAGCUCGAUGGGUUCCCUGGAAGCAGGUAGAACAAGUUUUAGGUUUAUCUCGUGGGAGCACCAGGUCAUCACCGUCAUACUCGUGUUCAUUGCCGUUGUGGAAUCGCAGCGAUCUUUCUCUCAGCCCAUUCAGUACCUCCUCUGACGGGGAACCACGCAAAGAUGGCGAGAAGCCACCAAGGCGAAAGAAAAUGAGCAGGAAAGAACGUUUUGGAACAUAUGAUAAAACCUUUGAAGAUGAAUUAGACAUGGUGCCUCUGGAGGAAGGUAUCACCCAUUUAUACAACACUCGUGGUAUCGUCGACAAAUGGCUGGGUCAGCCAACCCUUGACUCCAUUUUUCCAGAUAAGGACCUGUAUGCCAAAGGGGAGUCUCCAAACAUAGAUCCACCAGGUGAAGGUCCUAUUUUGCGGUGGACAACUCGAGUAGUAUUGGGACCUGGCGGUGAUGCAUGGCACCCUGCUAACCGGAAAGUGAAGCUAGCUGUCUAUUUGAAAGAGUUGCAGCUUACCCCAAAAGCAAAGGAAAGGAUGCUACUAAUUGUCGGCAAGCGAUACAACCCUAAUAACGACGAGUUGACCAUCACUUGUGAAAGGUUUGAUUUGAGAGAGGAGAACAGGAAGGAUGCGUUGAGGACUUUAUACGCACUCAUUGAGGAGGCCAAUACUGCGAACAUGAAUGUGUUGGCGACACAGGGUAGUACAGUACCAGCAGAAGCAGCUACUGCUAUUGCAAGUUAAUGCCAUAUCUUUUAGUCUUGAGUUGGUUUAAAUAAUGAAUUUUCUUGUAUCGAAUUUGCGUCCGUGAGAUUUGAGAAUUUUCUGAUAGUGAAUCUAACAAGGACUUGCGAUGGAGACCUUCUUUUCGGAAUACACGGAUUGCUCCCUUUUUGUCCU